AUGGUGCCCAAGACUCUUGUUGUUAGUUCGACAAAUUGUUUAUCAUUCUUCUCCUCUCCUCUCGCUUCGCCGGUAGUAAUUAGACGCAGCCCACUGUGGAGCGCUCAUUCCGGGGCCCCCAGCAUCUGGGUGCGACGAUAUCGCGCCGUCUGGCCUUCCUACGGCAUCACCACCCCAAUCCCGGAUCCUAAUCCACAGUUCCCCAUCUCCCGCUCGCCUUUCUGCUUCCAGACAGGCUAUGCGCUCUGCGCCAAACGGCCCUCGCGUCCCUUCCCCCCACCGUUCCUGUCUCCGCCCUCUUCCUCCUUUUCCGACCCGCUGACCACCCACUACCUGAGUCAGGAUAAGAGAUUAUCCGUCCGGGGGGAUCUGGUCCGCGGCCUGAACAACGGCGACGAUGCUGUUUUAGUGGCGGAGAAUUACCUCGCCGUGAACGAUGGGGUCGGGGCGUGGGCAACCAAGCCGAGAGGUCAUGCUGCGCUUUGGUCUAGACUGCUCCUCCAUUACUGGGCCCUGGAACUUGAACGAGAACCCAAUGGCCAGUCCGAGUUAGAUCCUAUCGGCUAUCUCCAACGCGCAUACGAGGAAACCAUUCGAGCAACGACCUCCCCAGGUGAAUGGCUGGGAACAACUACAUCCGUCACAGCAAUACUGCACUGGAAGCGCGAUGCUACGGGAAACAUACGGCCCUUGCUCUACGUGACUAAUAUAGGUGACUGCAAGAUCUUUGUCGUCCGGCCUAGCGAGAAGAGGAUCGUCUUUCGGACCAAGGAACAAUGGCAUUGGUUCGACUGUCCUAUGCAGCUGGGCACCAACAGCGUCGAUACUCCCCAGAAGGAUGCAGUCCUUUCCUUGAUUGAUGUGCAGGAGGAUGACCUUGUGGUGGCCGUGUCAGAUGGUAUCGUGGACAAUCUGUGGGAGCAUGAGAUCCUGACGAUCAUCCUGGAUAGUCUGGAAAAGUGGCAGCAAGGACGUCAUGAAGACAAGGACUCGGAGUGGGCACCUCCGGCUGUGAUGGCGGACGAGCAGAUGGUGUUUAUAGCGAGGGAGCUGCUCAAGUCUGCUCUGGAGAUUGCCCAGGAUCCCUUUGCGGAGAGUCCGUACAUGGAGAAGGCGGUGGAUGAAGGACUGGCCGUGCAGGGUGGGAAAAUGGACGAUAUCAGUGUGGUAAUCGGCUCUUGCAGGAGGAGGACGUAA